CGAAAACAGAUGUUUUAAAUCCUUUUAAUGAACAAAAACUGAUGCUUCAACAAUACAUAUGAAAAAAGGAGGCCUAGAUUUUUAGGUGCAACGUUACGCCAGAUAAGCGAGUCCAAUAAAAAUGGAUCGUGCUUUCCGGAAAAAGAGACAAAAACCAAGAAAAUGAAAAAUUAUUAAAAUGAAGGAGAGCUGUAUAAAUAAUUUUAAAUCAGUGUGGAGCAGGGAAUGUUGGAUUCACUCACACAAAGAAAAAUAGACCUACUUAAUUUUAACAGCCCGCGGACCUACUUGUUGACAGUCCCUCACACAAAAAAUAAAGUUCGCCGAGAGGAAAAAAAAAAUAAAAAAUUAUCCUGCACUCUCUUUUUUACACCUGUAUUUUAUUAUUUAUUUACAAGAAAACCUUUCUUAAUAUCGUUAUAACAUGACGAAUGAAAGUAAAUUAAGACAACAAGUAGGAGUACCAGAACCAGACGAACACAGUCGAUUAACUACAGAAGGAGGAGACAGUCAUUACGGCACACAUGCGUCUUCCAAUACCUCUUCACUCCUGUCUGAAUGUUCAGACCACAGCAGUGAAGAAGUGCCUUCUGUCAGCGUAGCCAACAGAAAGAAAAAAAGGCUUCAGAAACAUCACCAACCUUCACGUCCUAAGCUAGUCAGUACAUUAUCUCAUAUCGUACGAAGUGCCAAACAAUCUGAAGACGAAGACGAAGAGGACGAUAUUAUAGAAAUGCCUCUGAAUGACUUGAUUAUACCCGAAUUAGACCCAAAUGCGGAAGAAGUAAGGCAAUAUGUGCCUUCCCCUUUAGCUCUUGAAAAGAAUUGGGUUCCUAGAAAAAACAAGGUUAACUUGAGCACAAUUCGAGAAAAGUAUCGCGAUGCUCGUAUCCACGAAAGAAAUGGAAAUGCAACUUUAUCGAGUUUUACAAGGCUUAAAAAUAUGUUUAAAUAUGACGCUUACGUAUCUGAAGCGAAACGAGUUUUAUUUGCAAACCAAAGCAUCAUUUUAUUUGUCUAUGUGGAUUUACUGGUGGAUGUCUUGCUCUGUCUAGCCUAUCUUGUCGAAAUGAAACAAGAAGCCGAUAUUCACGCCUCACCUCCUUGGAUGUUUAAAUGGAGAUCCUAUGAUCUCUGGUUUUGUUGUACUCUCUUGAGUGUUUGGAACUUCGGUUCUUUUAUUAUGCGAAUCUUUUUAACAGGUGGAUCGAAAAUGGCCAGUUCCUUUAUGUACCUUAUUUCUUGAGAAGUUGGGUCCUUUUAUUACGGAUUAAGAGUGUCAUGAAGAUCAAAACCAACCUACUUAUGACAGAAAAACCUGUGGAUCCACUGAAAUCAAAAUUGGUCCAUCU